CUGAUGAAGAAUAUUUCUGAAGUGACUGAAUUUAUUCUUAUGGGGUUAACAGAUGUCCCAGAGCUGCAGGUCCCUUUAUUUAUCAUCUUCACUCUCAUUUAUUUGACCACACUGGUUGGGAACCUUGGGAUGAUUGUGUUGAUUCUCCUUGACUCCCGACUACAUACUCCCAUGUACAUUUUCCUCAGUAACCUCUCCCUGGUGGACUGUGUUUAUGCCUCAGCUGUCACUCCCAAGGUAAUAGAAGGGUUUCUCACAGGAGAUAAGAUCAUAUCCUACAAUGCGUGUGCUGCCCAGAUGUUCUUCUUUGCAGCCUUUGCUACUAUUGAAAGUUUCAUCUUGGCCUCGAUGGCCUUUGACCGUCAUGCAGCAGUGUGCAAACCCUUGCAUUACUCCACCACCAUGACAGCUACAAUGUGUGCCCUGCUUACUGCUGGUUCUUACACCACUGGACUCUUGCAAUCUUCUAUACAUGUUGCCUUCACUUUCCAUCUCUCCUUCUGUCAUUCCAAUGUUGUGAAUCACUUUUUCUGUGACAUUCCUCCACUGCUAGCUCUUUCUUGCUCUGGUAUUCACACAAAUGAAAUUGUACUGUUAUUGUUGGCAGCAUUCAAUGUUGCUUUUACUCUAUUGGUUAUCAUGACCUCUUAUCUACUUAUUUUUGUUGCAAUCCUGAGGAUGCACUCAUCUGAGGGCCGACGGAAGGCCUUCUCCACCUGUGCAUCCCAUCUCACCACUGUUUCUAUCUUCUAUGGCACAAUCAUCUUCAUGUACUUGCAACCCAGCUCCAGUCACUCUAUGGACACUGACAAAACAGCAUCUGUGUUCUACACCAUGGUCAUCCCCAUGCUGAACCCUCUUGUUUACAGCCUGAGGAACAAAGAAGUCAAGAAUGCAUUCAAGAAGGUUGCUGGAAAAGCAUUGUCUUCACUGGGAUUAGUCACUUAA